UAUAAUCCUACUCUUUAAAUUGUCCAAAGUGUGUGACCCAUAUAGGCACUUAUAAAACUGGCCACAGUAUUGACUCUACACCAAUACUAUAAGUAAUAAGCGGAUAAGAAUGUGUAUUAGCUGCAAUUCCAACUGACCGACGCACAAAGAACUCAUUCUGACAAAGAGAGAAGAUGGGAAAAAUCUCAAUCGUUUCGAGUCAUACCACACGCACGGCGGAAUCGAAAAAAUCUACGGCCAAAUAUGGCAUACCAAGUUAGAUCGCACAUUUUGGAGGAAAUCCGAGAUGGAUCUGCAGCUUAUUUUCAAAGGAUAAGUCAGGAAAUUGUGUUAUGACACAAGUGGUUGAGGUAUGAGAAUAAAUAUAUAAAAUGUUGGGAAAUUUGUUGCCUAAUCAGGUAUUUCUUCUGUGCAGUACUAUUUUUUCUUGUAUGAUUUUGUUUACUCUACAAAUUAUAUGUGGUAUGUAGCACAACAUAUUAUAACAUGAGUAGGUGAAUUCAUAUGAUAACAGUGUACCUUUUUCAUGGGAAUAAGGUAUAGGAAUGUUGUUUUGUCGACAUAUUAAUUUGGUAGACAGUAAAUCCAUGAUAGUCUGCAUAAAAAGUAAAUUUACCACUCAAGUCUUAUGCAUUCAUUUCACUGUUGUUUUUUUGUUGUGGUAUGGAUAUAUAAAUAUAGGCAAUUUGAAAUAGAAUAGAAGUUUUUUUCAUUGGUGUUUCUGUUUCAUAACUAUUAAAUAUUUUUUCAUUUAAGUCAUUUGAUUAAGGUAAGUUGCUGCAUUAAAUUUUAAAUAUAAGAAAGUCAUAUAGGAUGUAACAUUACUUCAUAAAUAAGAAGCUGCAAACUCGCAUUACAUGAAAUGGAUAAUAAAUGUAAUUUAUAAAUAACUAACAACAUAGUAGGCAUAAUACUUUUAACAAUAGGUAAUGUAGAAUACAGUAGCUAUUUGAAAAAAAAAGUCUUAAAUUGGAGGCUUCUCCAAGCUUGAUUCAGUCUUUCUCAAUCUUCACACUCACGUUGGGUUUUUUUUGUCAAGUGAGUCUCCUUAGCUUCAAAUUCCUUUCUAAGAUCUCGCUUCAUAUUAAAAUUUGGUCCAUCAAAACAUGCAUCAAUAUCAUGGUUCUUAGAAGUAUCAUCUUUGGUGGAAUCUUCACAUGCAUCUAAAUCUAGUGUCUGAGUGAUGAUCUUCUUCACUUUACUCUUUACAGAGUCCUAAAAUAAAACAAUUUGCUUGUCAAUAAUAAUAGUAUGAAAUAAGCCAAAUAAACAAAAAGUAUACCUGUGUGAUAAGGUUCUCAUAUGAAGACUGGCUCAUUUUUCUGUUAGCAUCAAUGAUCUGAUGAACAGCAAAAGUUUUUUCAUUAAAAGUGCUUUCUGACUUUCUCACUUCAAGUUCAAAUAAAAACUGAUGGUCAAUGAUGGAGUUAAACUCUCUUGGGAUUUGAGUAUCAUCACCCUGUAUUUAAUUAAAAUAUUAGCAUUUAGAGAGAAUGAAACAUAUGCACAUGCAAUUUUAUUUUAAAUAUGUGAUUUUUAAAAAUCAUACAAUAUCCCUUAAAAAUUGUUCCGCUCGCUUUCCGAAUAAAUGUAUACAAUAUUUAUCCCACAACAGAAAGGCGAGAUUUCCUGUAUUGUCAACGGAAUCCGUUUCAUUUAAUCCAAAAAAGGACUUUUAUUAAAGAAGUUAUUUAUGGCAAAUAUUUAAUAAUAGUUAUAAGAAAAUGUAAGACGUACUUCAAAACAGAACCAUUUAGGUUACAAACUACACAAAAAUGAAUUCCAUUCGUGGGGCUUAGUUUCUUACAACAAUUCUUACAUGAUGUAUAACACACCAAGUUCCAUGGUUUUCGAACCCAACAAUCAUACACAGUACCCAUGCAUACACGUCCUUUUUGUGAAAUGUGUGAAUAUGUUGAACACCGGCCUAUUAUGGAUAUCAUUAGAAGUUACAAUAUAUGUAAACAUUGAAAUAAAGGAUAUUUUUUAUGAUAUACUUUUCUGCUACUGUAUACUUUGAAUUCUGGCAAGUAAAUAACAAAUGAAAAGCUUUACAUAUAACCCAAUAUAAAGCAUUUUUUUGUACUUGCUAUCACAGAUACUUAUAAAUAUAUACAUAGUAUUUGAAUAAGCCACUGGAAAAUAAGUCAGGCAUAUACUUUUUAGUUUUUUCUAUCAGAAUAACAUUCAUUCAAUGAAAAAUGCAGUGUAACAAUAAAAUAAAAAAUAAUGUGUGAUAUAUACCUCAUAGUUCUCAGCAACUUAUUCUAAUGUUUAGAUCUCAAGAUUUGGAGGGGCUGUUGUGCAUAAAGAACCACUCAAUCUUAAAAGUUAAAACAUCAUGUGUAGAGACUCCCUUAGCUAAUAACCUAUAGAUAUUUGUGUUAGUUCCAUAUACAUUUAGGCAGAAUAAGGAGUAUAGUUCAUUGUAGUGUAACAAUGUUUCUUACUUUUUUGAACUCCAAUAUAGGUGGGAAAUCCUGAUCCAAAAUGAGCUUUGUAACAUCAAAAAAGGUGGAUACCUUGGAACAAAGUAUCCACCUUUCUUGAGUGAAUGAGAGUUUGUACCGGGGGUCUCUCAAAUUUUGAGUAUUUUUUGAGACAAUAGGAUUUUGUAUUCCAUGCAAUUGUCGUUUCAGUAAAGGCAUAAACUUCGACAUUAGUGGCUUCUUAUAGAAUGCAUGAAUACAAUUUCCCUACAUAUUAUAAAAGAUAUCAUGAAUUACAGCAUGAAGUUCGAUACUCAUAUACAUAAAAAAAUAUAUGUUUUUAACGCAAACCUGUUCAUCUUGAAAUAUAACUUCAUGGCCAUAGAUUGUAUUCUGUGUACUCUUUCUUGGCUUAAGAACAUAGUGUCGAAGUAGUCUCAAUUUCACAGUGUCAUGAUGACGAGCAGGGUGGAGCCUGUUGAGAGGGAUCCAAUUUGGAGACAUCUCUUAAAAGAGUUUAAGCACAAAGUGGUUCGUCAGUUUUCAAGAAUGAAGUGCAGUCGUUAUAAGAACGUGAAGAAGGUCAAAGAAUUUUUUUUCGUGGCUGAAGAAUUGCAAUCGUGGGGUUUGCGGCUUUCAGCGAUUGUAUAUUUUCUGUUUUAAAAACCAGUUUCAUUUUUUUGAUGUUUGGAUAUGAUAUCAAGAAAGAAUUAAUUGAGCCAUUCUUAACAACUAUAAAGAUUGAAUCUGAAC